AUGGACGCGAAGAGUUUCAGAGACUGUCAGGCGUGGAAGGACGCAGGUCUUCCUCUGUCCACCAGCAGUAAUGAGGCGUGCAAACUGUACGAUGCUGUACUCACUCAGUAUGUGAAAUGGCGAAAUGAUGAAACCUUGGGAGGCAUUGAAGGAUGCAUUUCUGCUAUGCAGACUGCUGACCCUAACUUUGUUAUGGGUAACGUGAUCAGUACGGGGCUGGAGCUGAUCUCCACAACGAGCAGCACCCGGCUGAAUGAGCGUCUGGCCAGCGCUGUGAGGCGAACAGUGGAGCUUGCCAACAGCCAGAACGUCUCUCCUAGAGAGAAGCUCCACGUCAGAGCCAUGGAGCUUUUCUCCCAUGGAAAGUUUCCACAAGCCUGCGAAGCAUGGGAAGAUGUACUGCUUGAUCAUCCCACUGAUAUGUUGGCUCUCAAAUUUGCCCACGAUUCUUACUUCUACAUGGGAGCCCAGGUGCCCAUGAGGGACUCUGUGGCCAGAGUGCUUCCUCACUGGAAACCUCACAUGCCUUUGUUCAGCUAUCUGAAAGGACAAUAUUCCUUUGGUCUCCUUGAAACUCGCUUUUAUGACCAGGCUUUAAAAGUGGCAAUGGAGGGCCUUGCCUUGACUCCAGAUGAUGCGUGGUCCGUCCACUCUGUAGCUCAUGUUUAUGAGAUGACAGCAGCGGUGGACACUGGUCUGAAGUUCAUGGAGAGCAGAGAGAAAGACUGGCAGGUAUCGGACAUUCUGGCCAGUCACAAUUAUUGGCACUGGGCUCUAUACUUUAUUGAGAAGGGACAAUAUGAAGCUGCUCUGCAAAUCUAUGACUCUCAGGUAUUCAAACGAUGUAAAGCCUCAGGGUCCAUGCUGGACACAGUAGAUGCCUGUUCGAUGCUCUACAGACUGGAAAUGGAAGGCGUGUGUGUGAAGGACCGCUGGCGAGAGCUGCUGCAGGUGACCCAGCCUCACACCGAUGACCACGUGACCUUGUUCAAUGACCUCCACUUCCUCAUGGUGUCGCUGGGAGCAAAGGAGUCUGGGACAUCUCAGCGUCUGCUGGAGGGCCUCCAGGAAUUGGCUAAGAAACCAGGUGACAACCAGCAACAUCUACUGGCUGAGAGUAUAGGCAUCCCAAUGUGUAAAGCUAUGAUGGAGUACAACAACGGCAACUAUGAGCAGACUGUGGAACUGUUGAGCCCGUUACGUUACCGCUUGGUGGACAUCGGUGGCAGUGACGCACAGAGAGAUCUGUUCAAUCAUCUGCUUAUCCAUGCAACUAUGAAAUCAGAAAAUAAACGUCACCAGAAACUGGGAAGAUGUCUUCUGGUGGAGCGUGAUGCUGUGAGGCCCAACUCCCCUCUGACCCAGCGCCUGAUGCAGAAAGCUCUGGCUCUUCAUGUCUAGAAGGUGUGGGAGCAGCUCUCGUGGGAAAACAUCAAAGUAACCUUUAAUCGGACGGUCUGUUGCUUUGAUUUAAUGGAUUUCCAACCAGCUGGGAGAGGCUUAACACAGCUGA